CCCAGAGGCACAAGUCGCGUGUAGCUGGACGGGAAGGCGUGUAUACAUAGAAGUCGUUCUCUGCAAGAGCCCGCGCAACGCGAGUAUGGCACCAUUACGAGUGGCUGUGAUUGGAGCUGGGCCGUCAGGGUUGAUUGCUGCCCGCAUGCUUGCCUCACGACCGCAAGAUUUCGAAUUCGAAGUCUAUGAACGUGGAUAUAACAUCGGGGGUAUGUGGUUGUACACAGACAAGACAGGGGUAGGUGAAAAUGGCUACCCAGUACACUCAAGUAUUUACAAGAACCUUAUCUCCAACCUACCUACGCAGGCGAUGGAGUUUCCUGACUUUCCCUACCCUUCUGAUCUUAAAGGAAAAUUCCUUCCCUGGAAAAAGGUGCAGGACUACAUUUUUUCCUAUGCUGACCACUUCAACCUUCGCAAACACGUCCAACUGAACACAGAUGUGGCGUCUGUAAAACGCAUCACCCCAAAGCCUGUCUCAUCAGGAGAUGCCCACCAAUCUCCCAACAGACCACAGUGGUUGGUGCGCACGACUGCCCUUCAGGGAGGAGGCAGCAAGGAGAAGGUGUUUGAUGCUGUAUUAGUGUGCAAUGGGCAAUGCGGCGCCCCACACUACCCAGACGUUCCUGGUCUAAAGAGCUUCAGCAGGGUAUUGAUGCACAGCCAUGAAUACCGUCAUCCAGAACUCUAUAAAGGUGGCGGCGGCUCGGACCGCGUAUAUGCACCUUAUCCGAGUUAG